CUGUCCGUAGUGGGUCCACCGAGUACAGGAUGUUCAGGAAGUAGAAUCAUAACAAGGUGGAAAAAAUACUCCAGAAGGUGUGUUGGUGGUGAUAAGGAAGCUGGAUUCAGUGCGAAAUAAACCCAAGCUCGCUUUAAUCUCUAAAACAAAAUUUAUAAGUGUGUUUUUCGUUGAUUCUCAGCCUGUUAGCUUCGUGUUUACACUAGCUAGUCCGCUUACGGUCGGACAAGUUUGUCUGCAGGACUUUGGCUGUAAAUAGUGACCUGUCAUCUAAAAAAAAAAACACACGACGAUGACCUCCGACGGUGGAAUCCAGAUACCGAGCCGUCUCCCGCUGCUGCUGACCCACGAAGGGGUGCUCCUGCCGGGUUCCACGGUGCGCUUCAGCGUGGACUCUCCGCGGAACAUGCACCUGGUGAGCCAACGGCUGCUGAAGGGAACGUCGCUGAAAAGCACCAUCAUCGGGGUGAUUCCCAACACCAGAGACCCGGAGCACGACACCGACGACCUCCCCACGUUACACAAAAUUGGUACAGCUGGGAUUGCUGUGCAGGUGGUGGGCAGUAACUGGCCGAAGCCUCACUACACCCUCCUCAUCACCGGACUCUGUCGCUUCAGUGUUUCAAGUCUGCUGAAGGAGAGACCGUUUGUCCUGGCAGAGGUGGAGCAGUUGGAUAAACUGGAGCAAUACACGACCCCAGCAACAAGUGGCGCCUCAGCAGAAGAUGGAGAGCUGGGGGAGCUGUCCCAGAAGUUCUACCAGGCUGCCGUACAGCUGCUUGGUAUGUUAGACAUGUCUGUUCCAGUGGUGGCGAAGUUCAGGCGUCUGUUGGACAGUCUUCCCAAAGAAACCCUACCGGAUGUGGUCGCUUCUAUGAUCCGCACCUCCAACAAGGAGAAACUGCAGGUCCUGGAUGCAGUAAGUUUGGAAGAGCGUUUUAAGAAGGCCUUGCCCAUGUUGACCCGCCAAAUAGAGGGACUAAAACUGCUGCAGAGAACCAGAAAAAUGAGUCCUGACAAUGAGAAGAGGGUGUUAUCAGUGCGUAAAGGCGGAGUGUUCCCGGGCCGGCAGUUCAAUCUGGAUGAGGAGGAUGAAGAUGACGAUGGAGAUGAUAUAACCGUGUUGGAGAGGAAGGUCAAUGGAGCCAACAUGCCUGAAGCUGCACUCAGAGUUUGCCUGAAGGAGCUGAAGAGAUUGAAGAAGAUGCCUCAGUCCAUGCCUGAGUACGCUCUGACCAGAAACUACUUGGAUCUGAUGGUGGAGCUGCCGUGGAGCAAAUGCACCAAAGACUGCUUGGACAUCCGAGCUGCUCGAACUCUAUUAGACAACGAUCACUAUGCCAUGGACAAGCUGAAGAGACGUGUGCUGGAGUACCUGGCUGUCAGACAGCUCAAGACUUCACUCAAGGGCCCCAUUCUGUGCUUUGUGGGGCCUCCAGGAGUCGGUAAGACCAGUGUGGGACGCUCCAUUGCCAGGACGCUGGGCAGAGAGUUUCACCGCAUCGCUUUGGGAGGCGUCUGCGACCAGUCUGAUAUCAGAGGACACAGGCGUACAUAUGUGGGGAGCAUGCCCGGCCGCAUUAUCAACGGUUUGAAGACGGUGGGCGUCAAUAAUCCCGUUUUCCUCCUGGACGAGGUGGAUAAACUGGGAAAAAGCCUGCAAGGAGACCCUGCAGCUGCUCUGCUAGAGGUCCUGGACCCAGAGCAGAACCACAGCUUCACCGACCAUUACCUCAACGUGGCCUUCGACCUCUCCCAAGUGCUCUUCAUUGCCACUGCAAACAACACAGCGACCAUUCCCCCGGCCCUGCUGGACAGGAUGGAGGUGCUGCAGGUACCAGGCUACACCCAGGAGGAGAAGGUGGAGAUCGCUCACCGCCACCUGAUCCCAAACCAGCUGGAGCAGCAUGGAUUAACCCCUCAGCAGCUGCAUAUACCUCAGGACACCACACAGGAUAUAAUCAGCAGAUACACUCGGGAGGCGGGUGUACGAUCCCUGGAGAGGAAGAUCGGUGCCAUCUGCCGAGCCGUCGCAGUGAAGGUCGCUGAGGGUCACCGACUAACCAAAACCGAAACUUCAACUGAGAUCCAGCAGCAGCAGGAGGGAGACAAGGCGGCGCCCCCGGAGAUGCCCAUAGUGAUCGACCACGUCGCCCUCAAAGACAUCCUGGGCCCUCCGCUGUUUGAAAUGGAGGUGUCCGAGCGGCUCACCCUGCCCGGCGUCGCUCUGGGCCUGGCCUGGACGCCGCUCGGCGGGGAGAUCAUGUUCGUGGAGGCCAGUCGGACGGAGGGGGAAGGUCAGCUCACUCUGACGGGUCAGCUGGGAGACGUUAUGAAGGAAUCCGCUCAUUUGGCCAUCAGCUGGCUGAGAGCGAACGCUAAAACCUAUCAGCUCACCAACAUGGUCGGGGGUCGGGAUCCUUUAGAGGGAACAGACAUCCACCUCCAUUUCCCUGCCGGAGCCGUCACCAAGGACGGUCCCUCUGCCGGCGUUACCAUAGUAACCUGCCUGGCUUCCUUGUUUAGCGGCCGACUGGUCAGAUCAGACGUCGCCAUGACAGGAGAGAUCACACUGAGAGGACUGGUGCUGCCGGUCGGUGGGAUCAAGGACAAGGUUCUGGCGGCUCACCGGGCCGGAGUGAAGAGAGUCAUCCUCCCGAAACGCAACGAGAAGGACCUGGAGGAGCUUCCGGCCAACGUCCGAGCCGACCUGGACUUCGUCAUGGCCUCGAACCUGGACGAGGUCCUGAACGCCUCCUUCGAUGGCGGGUUUCCAGGGACGAGCAGCUCACAUUCACACCCUCAGCUCAGCAGCAAACUGUAGCGAAAACACACAGCGGUGGAAACAUAAAGUUCAGACAGUGUUAACAGGUAGCGCUAACGAGAGAGAGAGGAUAUGGUCUUUAGGCUUGGACAUGUUUGACCUUGUAUGCAGAGGCAGGGAUACUCAGUCUUUACCUUAAGGUCCUUAAGGUUUACAUUUUCAAAAUUUAACAGCUAAUCUGAGCUAAAGAAGCUAUUAUUUAGCAUCGAAUGACUACAUGUUAUAUGAAGCAACAGCAGCCUGUUUAAUGAUGCAUAUUAACACUACACAGCCACUUACAGCUCAUGUCGAUCACACACUGUGGCCUUUUUUGUGCAGUUUUUUUCUGCACUUUUCUUACACGUAUAAACUGUAUUCGCAGCGCUGAAGCAUCCUCUGGUAAUGUGGAGGUGAGUUAAUUGAUUCUGCAGAGCAUCACUGAAGGAUUUAGCCUGAAAAACUGAAUAAUUAAAAGGGUUUGUGUACGUGAAGAUGGAUGAGAUUGAAUUCAGAUUUCAGCUAGUUAGCGGAUGUUCAGCUAAUUUCUGUAACUUACAGAUUUUCGAAUCAUUUAUUUGUGCAACUUUUAGACAGCUAGCUAGUUUGGCAACAUGUUUCUUACAGCGUCUAACACCUUCAAUUCAAGAAGUCUAGAUCAACUUUCUUUAACCAAGUCUGUUAAUUUACGCAGAAUCUAACAUAAUGGUCAAAUGAGGAGCUCAAAAAUUGUCACAAUGCAGUAAAAGGUGAUCAGACGCACGAGAGAUUUAACUGUAUAAUGUAAUUAAUUAAAUUAUUAAGAUGGAAUUGCACUUGUAAGGCUUUUUAGUUCACUUUGAACCUGCGAUCGCUUGAUAAAAUAAACCUAUUUUAGUCUAACAUGCA